UCUCACUUAGCUUGUGGUUAAGUGUCCUCUUCUCCAGAUUAUCGAAAUGUUCCGUGUACUCUUUUUGUUUGCUGCCGUUUUCUAUGUGGUCGAGGCUACUGUAAUAUUACCCAACCCUACAGUUACUUCUAAGUGUAACAUCUAUAAGAAAGACUUGUGUUGGGCACUUGUGGAUUGCAUUUGUCGUCCAUUCCAAAAUCCUUGUCUAAGGGAUGCCGAGAACGCGCUUAGGAUAGAGAAUUGUAAAACACCAAUUGUGCCCGUAACGGAGGAACUAUGCAAGCAUUUCAUUCCGAAGGUAUGUCUCUGGGGAAGACCCGUGAAAGCCUACUUCCCUAAGCCUCCCAAAUGCGGCUGCCCGGACAAGCCGGGUACUAUAGACGAACUAACGUUCAAGAAUUUCUGCCAACUGCAGAAAUAUUCUGCCGAAAAGAAUGAGGCUUAUGUGUCCUACAAAAAAUGCUCUUUGUUAAAAUGAACUGCCUUGCGCUCAAAAUCUCUGUUGACGAUCACGACAAAACACUUUCCAUUUGUUGUUUCUAAUUGUUUUUAUUAAAUAUGUAAACUCAUUCUUUUCAAA